AUGGAUGCAACAACAACUAACUUCAUUCAAUCUUUGACAGAAAACAAGCCAAAUUUCAUUCUAAUUAAAAGUGGUAAGACUUGUAUCAUCAUAAAUACCGACCAUGGAUCUAAUUUCACAGCAAAUGAGAACAAAAUUUCAGGUCUGUUAAAAAAUGAAAUUUCAAAGAGUAGGACCUCAGAUGUGGUGAUUAUGUUCUUGGGAUCAAAAAUUCAAUUAAUUAAUUUUUAUUUAGACGACAGACAAUCGCCUCAAAAGUUGGAGCACUUAAGAGAUUUGGUAGAAAUAAUAGGUAAAGUAAAAUUACCCUUGAUUAUAUGUGCAGAUGCAAAUGUCAAUUUAGAUACAAGAUCAGUUCAUUAUCAAGAACACGUAGAGUUGCUCAAUAAAAUUUUAAAAGAAUAUGACAUGGUCAUGAUUGUUGAUAUGGUUAUAUACGAUGUCUUCACUAAUAUUGGAGUUUCAACUUCUUGUCCAGAUUUUUUUUUUAUAUCAAAAGUUCUUUUGAAGUUUUUGGUGUUAAUACUAAUAAUAUUUGAUCAUCAUUCUACUCACUCAGCUUCACUCGUUGGAUUUAAUGAAAACUCCUCAGGAGUUUUGCAGGAUCAUGGUAGAAAUAUAGCCGCUCUUCAUCUUUGGCAUGAAAAAAAUUUGGUCGUUCACUUCAUGGGUUUUUUGAGAAAAAAAAUCAACUCAAAAAAUAGAUUGAUACCAGUAGCUCCAGGUGAAAUCAAGAUCAAACUAAUUGAAGAACUAGAUCAUCAUGUUGAAGCAUUACAAUCAAUGAAAUCAAGAAAAAAUGAAAUUUGUUCAUUAUUAAGUAAAACCAAUUAUUCAAAAGUUCAUUCAGAUUAUCAAGAAUUUUAUAAUUUGGAAUCCAUCCAACCUAACAGCCCGGAUGUUCAGCAAAACUAUAAACAAAGUAUUACGAAUUUGAAUCUAGAAUAUGAAUUACUCACUAAAAUGCAUGAAGAUGCUCAUCAUAAUCAAAAUGAGGAUGAGAAUUUCAUUGAUGGCAUGAAUGAAAAUGAAGAAGAUGAUGAUGAGGAUGAAGAUGAGGACGAAGAUGAGGACGAAGAUGAGGACGAAGAUGAGAACGAAGAUGAUGAAGAGGAAUUUGAUCUUGACAAUACAUCUAACGUUGGGGUUGGUGAUUACAUUGAUGGGUCGGAUAAUAACUCAGAUUCUGUUCAAAAAUUGAUUAUUACCCCUAUUUAUAUAAUAAUCUUUCUACUCAAACUUUACAACAAAGAGCACAAUGAAUUUGGUAAGCACAAAACUGCUAGGAUGCACUCAGAAUUGCUUAAACUUGAGCCAGAGUUAUACGAUGAGCUAGGAUUAACUUUAAAAAAAUUUAGAAAAAGAUUCAUUGUGAUUAUUAAAUCACCAAAUACUGUAAAAAAUAGGGAUGGUGAAUUAGAAUUGUCGCAAAGCUAUAUCAAUGAUCAUUUAGUUAUAAAAAGUCCAAAUGAUAUAUACAAAGAAGGUUGGCCAAGAUAUGUUUUGGUAAAAUUAUUGAUCAAAUACAAUCAGCUUGGAAAAUCCUAUAAAGCCAUAGCCUAUGAUUUGAACAUAGAGUUCGGUACAACAUAUUUUGACAAAGAUAAAAUUUUUUAUGCUCUCAGAAAUUUAAACACAUAUGGUCAUAUUGUACUAACUGAUGUAAAAAAUGGUGGUCAAAUAUACACUUUUACAAGAAUGUUCAUAAAAAACUGCAUUUUCAACCUUGACAAGGAUGCUCCCGAUCAUAAAGACUACAAAUCAGUUUUCAACUUGAAGAGUAUCAAAUGCACUGAGAUAUAUCCUGCAAAAUUUAACAGACUAAGAGAAAAAUUGGACGUCUUCGAUGGUUUAGAUAAAUCACAUUUGUAUUUAGCAUCUAAUCGUCAAUACCUUCUACCAAAACUUACGAAUGUUAGCUGCAAAGAAGAAUCUAAAUAUUAUGAUGAAAAAAAAGCAAAAGAAUUCAAAUGGGAUCCAUUUGUAGAACAAAAAUUCAUUACAUUAUGUGUUGGUCAGUUGAACAACGGUAUAGUUGAUUUCAAAUCCAUUCAACAAUUUGUUCCCGCCACUUGUGCCAGGCUAAUUAGGAAAUACAAAGGUUUCACGUAUCAAAAAGGCUCACUAAGUGUUGAUGAACAAAAGAUGAUACUCAAGACUAUGAUUGUGUAUCUAAAAGCUCCAAAUGAUUAUUACUUCAAGUACUCUAACUCCAUCAGUUCUGAAAUCACUUUCAUGAUUGAAGAUGAGUUUGGUUUUCGUCGUGAUAAGAGACAAGUCUUGAGAUGGUGGAAAAAAGUUGGAUCUAUAAUAUAUAAUUACAAUAGAAAAUUGGGUAAAUGA